AUGCUUCAUGUUGAGGGUGACAUUCUGCUGGAGCUGCCCGUGACAGCAGUGCUAUUCUGGAGUGAACACAUUGAUCUUCGGGCUUCUGAGCUUUCUUUUCUUAGGAGUGUUUUUGUCGAUACCUGUUCGGCUUUCCUGCCUGUUCUGCAGUGUACAGAUUGGCAGCUUGGCAAGUACCUUGGGUGCCUGCUGGCUGCGUGGUGCAACGCUGCCAUUUGGCGGUGGACCUAUGUACAGUGUACAGGACUCAAAGCAAGCCACAAAUCGUGCAGAAAUGAGAAGGCCGGGCAGCGCCAAGGCAGUUCCCUGCUGUCCUUUCUAGACGAGAGUUCCGGUGGCUUCCAGCCGUGCCGAUCGCGGGGUUUCACCGAGCUUUGGGAGAGUGCAUCAUCUCGCACCUGCCUGCAACGCAAGGACCUGGAGAUGGACCCAUGGCCUUUGUUGCGGGAGCUGCGGUAUCGAACCUGUGGUCUUGAGCACCCCAGCGAGGAAGACCUUGAAGAGAUGGAAGAGGCGUACUUCCGCCCUCUCAGGUCAUUGAAAGCUGAGUGGUGGAAGCGGCCGGAGGCAUUGAGAUCUCUGGCCCAGCAGCUGGACGAGGUCGGUUUUAUCUUGAUUGACGACUUCCUGCCCGACGAGGUGAUCAGACGAGUCAAGGCCAGCAACCUGGACCUGUAUCAGGGCUCCGAGAUGCAGUUGGGGGGCACAACCGGUGGUAGUGAUCGAGUGGGAAUUGCCCAUCGUGGUGAUGUUUUGAAGUGGGUGGGCUACGACAAAGAGAGUGAAGCAACUCGCUGUGCAGCUGAAUUCGCCGCCCACAUUGAAGAGGUGAUCGUCGGGUUAUGUCACAACGCCAAAGAUGUGGUGCCAUCUGUAUCAUCGGCACUAGAAGGUGUACAAUGGCGCUCAGAAACGAUGUUCACUUGUUAUCCGGCCGAGAGCCGUGCCCGAUACUUUCGACACACAGACAAUUCCUCCGGCAAUGGCAGACUACUGACAGCUCUGGUCUACCUGAAUGAGGACUGGCAGCGAGGUGAUGGCGGUGAGCUCCGGUUAUUUCACCCAGGCGAAAAAAACUUAAAGGUUCGGAUGGAGAUUGCGCCAUUGUGGAACCGCUUGCUUCUCUUUUGGUCUGACGACCGUAGUCCUCAUGAAGUGCUUUCAGCUUGCAAAGAUCGCUUUGCAGCGACUGUCUGGUACUACGACGAGAAGAACCCCAGCAUACCGCUUUAUGAGGUGGGUGACCCGGUUGGUGAUGCAGGAGCACCGCCUCCGCUCAUGGAGAAGCCAGCUAAGGAAGCCAAGGAAGCCAAGGAAGGCAAGGAAGGCAAGGAAGCCGAGGAAGCCAAGGAAGCCACCAGGUCGAAGGGGUUGGGCAUCCGAGGGGCUGCGCCCCCGCCGCCAGCGAAAGCUUCCACACCAGCCGAGGGGACCAGUGAGCCGGGUGACAAAGCGGGCAGCCUAAGCAGAGCUGCAGCGCCGCCAGCCCCAGCUUCCCCAGCCGUGACAGCCCCAGCAGAAACAGGUCCCGCGGAGGAAAAGGACGAGGACCCUCAAGUCAUCGUUUUCUUUGAUGGCGAGAACAAAGAGAUCUUGGAGCUGCUUGACACCCUGAACCUCGACUCUGCCCGAAGCAUCGAUGUUCGAUCGCCUUUGGCAGAAGAGGCGUUGUCGGCUGCAGAGAAGCAUUGGUCGGAGCUGUUGAAGACCAAGGGUGUCGAGGGACUCAUCGAGGAGGCGGGCUCCCUCUUCCUCGUGUUGCCCGGCGGAGAGGUUCUCAAGAACGGUGAGCGAGAGCGAUGGAUGCUGCAGUAUGAGAUCGAUUACUGGCAAGCCGUGCGACCGCCAAGUGCCAAGACCCAGAAGCGCUUAGCGGACACGGUGUUUCAGCCCUUGGCCCGGGUCCGCAAAGCCUUUGCGAGCAGGGAAGGGGCUUGGUGGGCUACCCCCGAAGCGGGCAAAGUUUGGAUCAAGGCGCUAGAAAACGAAGACUUCCUGGUUUUGGACGAUUUCCUUCCUCUGGCAGAAGCUCAAGAGCUGGCGAAGGCGCUGGACAAACUGAGGCCGCAGAUGCAACCAGGCAUGACGGAUUCGGAGCUCUCUGCCUAUGGUCGUGGAGAUGAGGUGUUGUGGCUGAAGCCAGCUGAAGCCCCGGAGCUUGGUCCCCUGGUGGAGCACACGAAUGCUCUUGUGAGCCUCAUGAUGGGCAUCCCCGAGGCCAAGAUCCAAGCUCGAAUGCAGGGCAUUACGGCGUUGUCAGAUGCACAGUUUGCACUUUUCCCGGGCAGUCCAGAAAAUGAUGAUGCUAGAUACAUUCGCCAUGUGGACAAUGAAGAUGGAUGCAAUGGAAGAUUGUUGACCUGCACCUUCUACUUGAACGAGGAUUGGGAUGCAGAACGUGACGGUGGUGAAAUCCGAUUGUUUGAGGAGGAUCAGAAGCAAAUCAAAGCAGACGUGGCACCAGUGAUGAAUCGUUUGGUCGCUUUCUUCAGUGACUCCUCAGUGCCUCAUGAAGUACGCAGGAGCCGUCGUGACAGGCGCGCUGUCACGACCUGGUACAUCAACGAGGAGCUGCACCUGGCGUACCACCAAGCCGAGGAAGAGGGGCAGUGA